UUGACUUGAGAAAGUGCUGAAGGUUUCAAAGGAACUUGUCGUUGCCGCUCUGUGGAAUGGCUGGACUGAUUCUGGGAUCCGUUUUCUCAUAAAGAUUCAAGAUUCUCCAAACUGAAACUCUUCUCUUUAAGACGGCUAGCUCUCCGCUCUGUCUUCUUCCUUUGUGAGAUUGACCAGUGGUCAAGCAUCCGUAGGAAUUCCCCCCGGUGCAGAAAGGCAACUGAGACUGCUUCAGAUAAAAACAACUCUAAGCUUCCAAGAAACAGUUAAGAGAAGGCAGAGAGGAGCAGAAACACUUCUUCACUGACACUCACACUGUUGCCAUGGACCUACAUAAGCAGUGGGAGAACACAGAGAUUGACUGGCACAAGGAGAAAAUGGAAUUGCUGGACCAGUUUGACAAUGAAAGAAAAGAAUGGGAAAGUCAAUGGAAGAUCAUGCAGAAGAAGAUAGAAGAGCUUUGUCAGGAAGUAAAGCUUCGGAGGAAAAUCAACAUGAAUGAACGUGCUAAGAUGGUUGUUCUUGAUCAUGAAAAGGCCACUCAGGAUAAAAUGGUAGAUCCUUCUUCAGAUUAUCCGAAGUCAGGACAACAUGAACUUACAAAGAUGAAUCACAGGCAUGGUCUGGAAAAAGAAAAGAAAACAGAGCAGAGUUCACUCGGUGAAGGAAAUCAAAUGUGUAAGGAACAAAAAGCAGCAAAAACCUCAAAAGUAGGGUUUAUGAAUCCUUUGGGCACAGAAAACCAAAAGGAAUGUGAGGUGUGGCCUGGUCUGGGGACUUCUGAGAGAGAGAGCAGGAGCUGUUCUGGCGCCCUCAGCAUAGCUCUUGAAGAACUUGCCAAAGUUAGUGAAGAAUUAUGCAGCUUUCAAGAGGAAAUUCGAAAGCAGUCUAAUCACAGAAGGAUGAAGUCAGACUCUUUUCUCCAGAAAAUGCCAACUGUGAUUAAUAUGCCUCCUGGGGACCACAUGAUCAACAAUGGCCAGUGCAUCCUUCCAGUCAAUUUAGUAAAAGGAAAAGAGAGAAAUAGGAAGAAUCUGAACUGUAUCAAUAUGCUCCAAAGCAAAUCAGUGCAAAGAAGUGGAAUCGAUCUGCAAAGAAAUGAAACCCCACCAGUUCCUCCUCCAAGGAGCACCUCUCGAAAUUUUCCCAUGCCAUAUUCUGAAAAAGCCUAUGAAAAUUUAAAGCACAUUUUAGACCACCACAGCUGGGUGACUCAUGAGGGUCCAGGUGAAUGGAACUGCAAUCGUCAUUCCCUUUUAAGGCAACGUGAGAUGCCUACAUUAUGUCCAGAUGAAGGGAAGACUCUGAAAGAUGGCAUAUUUUCCUCUUUGGAAUCAGAAGUGAAAAUAGAUAGCAAGCCUCCAUGUAAUGAAAAUGUUGGUCUUAGCACGGGGUCAUAUGACACUGGGAAAGAUGCCAAAAACAGCCCUCCUACUCUGCGGUUUCAGAAAACCUGCUCCACCCCCAAUAAGUCAAAAUAUGAAAGCAUGAUCCCAGAUCCUCCUGCUCAAUCUCAUGCUGAUCUUCAUGUAAGUAAUGACUGUAGCUCCGUGGUGAUUCAGGGAAGUAGCCCACUUAGAAGUUUCAAUGGUGGUUUUGAAAGGACAACAAGGAAUGAAACACUGGCAGCCAAGACUGAUGAAUUUAACAGAACUGUAUUUAGAACAGAUAGAAAUUGUCGUGCAGUACAGCAAAGUCAAAACUACUCAGAAUCAUCUGAGGAUGUUAAGUACUGUGAUAACUUAACCACAAAUCCAGGUAAUAUAUCCAAAAGUGACAGUGCAUCUAGUAGUCUGAAAACCAGUGCCCACAUGCCUGUGCCUAUGGAAAAUGUGCCUGAUAAUUCAGCCAAGAAACUCACAACUGGUCUUGUCAGACAAAUGCCGGAACUCACAGGUCCUAGCAGUUAUCGGAAUAUGCUGCAUGAGCAUAACUGGAAACCAAGUAAUUUGUCAGGCCGACCAAGGUCAGCUGAUCCCAGGUCAAAUUAUGGUGUUGUGGAAAAGCUGCUGAAAACCUAUGAGACAUCAACAGGGUCUGCAUUGCAAAACUCUAAAUGCUUCCAAGAUCAAUGGACCAAAUGUAAUUCUGAUGUCGGUAAUGGUGCCACAUUAAGUCGGCAUUUAGAAAUGAUCCAAAUGGAACAAGAGUUUCAGCGAAACCCAGCUAUGUGCAGGGUACAGCAAGUGAAGCAAGUAAUAGAUCGGAAAAAGAUAACAGAGGAAUCCCUGGCAGUGAAAGCCUUCCCUGGAAAAGGGUUUUCUCGACCUGCUAGACCAGCAAAUCGCCGCCUCCCAUCCAGAUGGGCAUCCAGAUCACCAUCAGCACCCCCAGCCUUACGGAGAACUGCCAACAGUUGCACCAUUUCUCUUCAAUCUGAAGCAAAGAUGGUCUAAGUCUCUGGCCUGGAUUGUUAGAUUACAAAAGCUCUAGUCCCAGUGGCCAAACAGCAUUCUGAGUGUUUACAGACAGUCCUGUUCUCUACUGUAUCUUUCAAGAUCAUUGGGAGGAGUAAUUUAAAUCUUAACCUUCCAUCAGUCUUCAGUGUUUUUAAUCUGUGGAACAGUUAUCUUCCUGUUUUGAUUUCUUAGACCAGAAUUUUUAAUGUCACCCUCAUCAAUUUCCCAAUAUUUCAGUUGAAACAAUGUGUACAAAUAGUGUAUAUUCUUUCUUGCAAGUGGCAGAAAGCAAGGUUAUGUGCAUGACCAUUUGUUUGUAGGUGCAUGUGUUGUCACAGGAAGUAUCCUAGUGUGUGUUUAGCUAACAAAACUGUAUGUGCUAGUGUUCACUUUGAAAUUAUAA